UCACUGAGAAAACCAACCAGCCUGGACUGCCCUGUUUAUCCUGUUUUGUCACAGUCAGGAAAGGAGCCCGUCCUGGCACCUCACCAGAGAAGGGAUAAAAGCCCAGCCAUUCCCGGAACUACACCUGCCACUCCUUCCAAGUAGUCAGCUCCAGGAUAUGGGAAGUCCAGAACCUUCCACCCAGAUACAACAAGCAUGGUGUUGCCUUUCCUGCUGUCCCUACUGUUUGUUCUGGGUCCUGCAGUCACCCAGGAAACCCAAGAUGGGCCUUAUUCUCUGACCUUCCAUUCCAUUGGAAUAUCCAGGCCUGAGGCAGGCUUCCCCAGUUUUCAAGCCACUGGCUACCUCAAUGACCAGGCCUUCUUUCACUAUGAUCAUGAAAGUGGAAAGGCUGAGCCCCGCGGCCCGUGGAAACAAGUGGAAGGAAUGGAGGACUGGGAGGAAGUCAGUAAAUAUCAGAAGGCCAGGGGGGACUUCUUUCUGAAGAACCUGAAAGAAGUCAUGGACUAUUACAAGGACACAGAUUUCUGGUGUGUCUGGGUACAUACAGGGAAUCACACCAUGCAAGAAAAGAUUGUUUGUGAACUCCGAAAUAACAGCUACUGCAGGGCAUUCUGGAUGACCACCUACGAUGGCCAAGACUAUAUUGAGUUUAACACAGAAAUCCCAGCCUGGUUCCCUCGGCAAACAAAAGCUGUGUUCACAAAAGUAAAGUGGGAGACAGAAGGAUCUGUGCAGCGGGCCAAGGACUACCUGGAAGAGGAGUGCCCCCGGUUGCUGCGGAAUUACCUGCAGUACAGCAAGACAUUCCUUGACCGUCAAGAUGCUCCCUCUGUGUCAAUCACCAGCCAGGUGGGCCCAGGAAACAUUAGGACCCUCAAGUGCCUGGCCUACAACUUCUACCCAGGACCAGUCAGUAUGUACUGGACUCGAGCAGGCAACGCAGUGGAGACUGAUGAAUGGGGAGACAUCGUUCUCAGUGAAGAUGGCAAUUACCACUCCUGGGUGACGGUGAAAGUCCCCUAUUCAGACACAGGCCCCUACUUCUGCCGGGUGCAGCACAGCAGCCUGGCAGAGCCCCUCACUGUCCUGUGGAAUGAGGGGCAGGAAUCACAGGCUGCAGGCACUGCCUAGUCUGGAGACCAGUAACCACCUGUGUGUCCUUUGGGACAGGAGAGAGGUGAGCUGGAGAACAGCUGUCAUCACCAUCAGUGCAUCCCAGAGAAGAGGUGAAGGGGACAGACAGGUGGUGAAUUUGGAGACACAAGGCUUGAAUGCUGGGCACUGGGCUGCCCCACUGCUACAUUCCCCCUCAGAACCCAUUAUCUAGUCUCUGAAAUUGUAUCAGCAAUAAUCUACACUAAUCAAAUAGCCUAGACGCAAAUAAAUCAGAUUGUUCAACUGUUAAAUGCU